AAUGAAAUAUUGUCUUAUUAUUCUUAUUGUUGUCUCUACUUUUGCAGCUAUACCAACUAAAGUGACUAAUUGUAUGGCAGAUCCAAAAAUCGUGUUUACAAGUGCCACAUUCAGUGUAUAGCCAGCCAAAGGUGUUGAUGAAACUAUUACACUAUUUGGAAAUGCAAAUCAACAUGCAGAAUUAACAAAUGUAUUGUUAAAAGCAAAAUGGAAUGGAGUAGAAGCAUUUGAAGAUAAUUAUCCUGAAGAUGAAGUAUAUGAUAAGGGAGACCCUGUUAGUUAUGCCCUUACUUAAAAUUUCCCAACUUAUACUCCAUCGGUAAAAUUUAUUUAAAUUUGAUUAGGGUAAAAUAUCAUGCUAAUUCUGGUUUUAAAAUGCCAAAGGAACUAAUUUUGCUUGUGCUGAAAUUUCAUUUGUUGUUUGAU